UGAUAUGGAAAGAUGGACAGAACAGACCCCAAGAUCCCGAAAAACGCUGGUUCAGGACCUCAUCUUGAGGUUGAAUUGGAAUUUGAUGAUAAUCAAUCGGCCAGACACAGCACAUUUGAAGACUUUGAAGAAACAAUAUAUCAGUUCCAGCAAUGCAAAGUGGAAGCAGCCGCAGAGUCUUUGCAAGCUGCGCAUAAGCAUUUCCUGAAUCUAACCCCAGAGAGCUUUGGAAACCCGACUGAUCACGAGAAGGAGCAGGUGGAUCGAGGUAGAAAGAUGUGUUUUAGUCAUUGUUCCGCUCCUCCACUCUCUGGUGUUGUUUUGUUAAACCCCGAGCUGACCUCAGAUAAGGAUGUCCAUUUUUAUGCCAGCUUUACUAUUGUCUUUGGUGCUGUUGCACUCAAGCUGCAUAAAUAUAAAAUAGCUAUAGACUUAUUUCAGCGAUGUUAUUCUCUUUUCACAUUUGAUACCACACCACUUUCUGAAAAAAACAUGCAAGUUAUCGAUAUUUUAAGAGCAGCAGCCAAGGCAAAUGUAGGCUGUGUUUAUCUCAUUAUGAGAGUUACAGACAAGGCUAGAGAUUAUCUAGAAUGCGCACUGGAGAUUUUUGAAACAUUUAAAAACAAAAGCAAAACUGACUCUCCAGAAAUAAACAUUGUUGCUAUACAAACAAACUUAAGCUUAGCUUACCAGUGUCAGAAGAACUACAUUGCUGCAGUGAAGUUGCAAGAGCGUCUUAUUCUGAAGGCCAAAGAUCCCAUUCUUCCCCCACAUUUGGUAGCUGCCAUACAUUACAAUAGAGCAGAGUUGUUCAUAGAGCUCAAAGAGCCUGUCAAAGCACUCAUGGAGCUGAGGACGUUGGAUUCACUAUCUGAGAGGAUGAACAACGAAGAAGCAAUAUUCUCGAAAUUUAUAUCUUCAAAAAUUUGUUUGGCGUAUCAAAAGAUUGGAGAUGUUGCUCGUGCAGAGAAAAUAGUGGAGCGCUUGACUUUUCCUUCUCUUUCGCCUGAAUCGCUAUCACCACCACUCUCGCCUUCUUCACAAUCGUUUUCGACAGCAUCGGGGUCAGGGCUAGGGUCAUUAUCAUCAUCAUCAUCACCGUCGUCAUCAUCAGUUUCAUCAUCAUCAUCAUCUUCAGCAGUUUCAUCAUCAUCGUCAUCGUCAUCGUCAUCAAUAUCGUCAUCUUCAUCGUCUGCUUCGUCACUAAUGUCUUCAUUUUCGUUUUUCUUUCCCGAUUUUGAAGUUGCCCUCGGAUGUAGUGGACAAUUCCACUGGGACUUCUUGUUCGCAACGAUAUUGAAUUUAGUUGAUUAUCACUUGAACGAUAAAAACUUAGACUUUGCAUCUUUCCUUGACGUUUUUGUACCAAUUUGCAAAGAAACGCUAGGGAAAAACCAUCCAACACAUGCAUCGUUUCUCUAUAGGCAAGGUGUUAGAUUCUUUCUGAUGAAAAAAAACUUGUCAUCAAAUAAUUUCUUUGAAGAAGCAUUGAGUAUUUUGACAAGUUUUGACUACGGUUCAGAUCACCCGGAUUUAGUGCAAUGUAAUAUCGCUCUUGCAAAGCUUUUACUGUGCGAGAACUUUCAAGAGGUUCCUCAGUUGAAGUCGCGCCCUGAACGAAGCUGGCGAGAAUUUCCUUGCAACGCGGCAGAUGGAGUUGUGAGCCCUGAUAUUCCAUCAUUUGGAGAAGACAAUAACAAGUGGGACAGCAACGAAGAAUUCAACGAACCAGGUAAAAUUUCUAGUCAAGAAAACAGUGAAGGUGAGCAUCACUACCGCCUUAAAAAUCCGUCCCAAAAGGAUAAAAAUGGAAGAAUCAGCAUCUCACAGGAGGUAAUGGAAACACCAAAUGAAGUCAGCGAUGGACGGAAUGGCGUUCUUAAAGCUUCUUUUCAGGGAGGAGAUGUGUUUGCAGACAGCGGUGAAAACCGCGAUGUACUUCCUACAAAUGGGGCUUACGGCCUUGACAAGGAUUGGAAUACCCAAGCUGUUGCCCUUCCAAAAACACCAGGAGAUUUCCAUGAGACUAAUUCGAAAAAAAAAAGAUCUCUUGGUUUGAAAGGUGGACGCCGAAGCGAUCUUCCGUCAGGCCACAGUUCACAAAGGGAUCAAAGUGAGGAUGACUUUGGAACAAAUCACAUCGGAAUAUAUCCCAGUUUUCUCGCACGUCAUUCUUGUGAGUGCCGUGCAUCUGAUGAGCGCUGGGAUUCUUGUGGCCCAUGUGAAGAUUUUGAAUUGCCUGUAGGUACACACUCCGAGUACAACAGAUCUGGGUGUAUGCCUGAAGUGUACUGCCCUACUCCCCCAAGUUCAUCGACACUUCCUGAAUGUCGUGAUUCUACAAAAUUUUAUGCAGGAGAUUAUUCUGCCUACGCCAGCACCAUGGGAUCUCCUCCACAAAUAUACUCAAGUCGUGAUGGUUAUCAGCCGCAAAAGUCAUCCCUCAACUUAGUGAUGCCCAAAACUGUUUCAGCGAAGACCUUAGGACUGCCUCAAUCUUCAAGCCUCCUCGAAGAUGGAUCUAAAGCAAAUCUCCCGUUGACAGUCAGAGAGUUUCCCAUUGGUAAUGGACGCGCAAGAACUCCGCCAAAUAUCUUCCCAAAUGGACAUGUACUCGCCGAAAGGCCGAUAUCGCCAUCGCAGUUGGAAAGAGGAGAUGACGCUCCGGGAUUUCUUCUGGACGGGGAAAGUGCAGGAGCUGGUCAGGGUCUGUUAAACAGUAAUUCAAACACAUCUGUUGACGGGUCAUUGGCCGUACUCGAGCAACGUGUGGCUGAAGCUUGCUCUCUUGUCGAGAGAACGUUGAAAGAAAGACAAGAGAGAGAGAAAUCCAUGAAAGAAACUGAGCGAAAAAGAAAAGAAAAGCGGGAAAGGAAAGAAAAACAAGCACGAGAAAGAAAAGAAAGGGAAGCGAGGGAAGCGAGAGAAACGGAACUCAUGAAUGAAAGAGUAGAAGAGAACUCCACGAGCAGUGGACAAGAAACACCUUCGCAAGACUCGGCUCCUGCUGGGGUUCGACAAUGGCUGUGUGAACAUUAUCAACGGCUCUGCCGUGUCAAGUUUUCAUGCUGCGGAAAGUUCUUUCCUUGUCAUCGUUGUCAUAACAACUCUGGGUGCCCAAAUGACAAUUCCAAAGCAAGAGAGGCGUGUUCUGUUGAGUGCUCUGUUUGUAGCCAUCAACAAGAGAUCAACCAGGACGCCCACACCUGUGCCAGAUGCAAAACAAGGUUCUCAGCAUAUUUCUGCUCGGUGUGUAAACACUUCACAGGGGAAGAUAAAGCUCCUUAUCACUGCGAAAAGUGUGGUAUCUGCCGUAUCUACAAGGACCGCUCCUUCCACUGUGAUGUGUGUAACGUCUGUCUGGACAAACGGCUGGAAGGAAGACAUUCUUGCCGAGCAAAUUCAGGACACGACGAGUGUUGCAUCUGUUUAGAGGAUGCUUUUAGCGGUUGUCAGAUCCUGCCAUGCUCACACAAGGUUCACCGCGAAUGUGCUAUUGCUAUGAUACAGAACGGCGUUCGCAGCUGUCCUAUUUGCCGCCAUCCUUUAUACAGUCAGACUGGAAUGAAUGAGUGAAUUACAACCUCGACUUCAGUGUUCAAAACUCCAAGAAAGGGCAAAUUGUUCCCCAUUGAGAUGUUUUAGAUAGUGUCCUGAUUGACGUAUUCAUUCUUUAUUGUAGCCGU